AUUUCAACAACGCGCGAAUGAGAUUUGCUAUUUGCUAAGACCAUAUUGCUAGAAUACGACAUAUUCAAGUUUUGAAAAUUAAUAUUUGAACAUUGAGAAAGAGCAUGAAUUCCAAUGAAUGCUAUAAAUGCCAUAAAAUAGGCCACUUUGCUCGUGAAUGUACUCAAAAUGGAGGCAUUAGAUAUAUUGGAUCAAGAAAUCGUGGAGGCAGAGGUGGAAGAGUAGAUAUGCGUUCUCUUCCAAGAGAGAAGUGUUUUAAGUGCAACAGAAUUGGUCAUUUUGCCAGAGAUUGUAAGGAAACUGAAGAUAGGUGUUACAGGUGCAAUGAAGCUGGUCAUAUAGCCAAAGACUGCGACAGUGCUCCAGAUGAAAUGUCAUGCUAUAAUUGUGGAAGAACUGGUCAUAUUGCACGAGAUUGCAAAGAGCAUGAGAAGACUUGUUACAUUUGUGGGAAGCGGGGGCAUAUAUCUAAAGACUGCGAACAAGAUGAUCGUAAAUGUUAUGGCUGUGGUAAAAUAGGCCAUAUUUCUCGUGACUGCCCAGAAGCUGACAAAGAUGAAAGGAAGUGUUAUAACUGUGGAGCAGGUGGCCACAUAAGUAAGGACUGCCCAGAAUCAGGGAGUUACAUUGAAGCAGAUGAGCCAGUAUGUUACAGGUGCAAUGAGAAAGGCCAUAUCGCACGGAACUGCAAUUCUACACGUGGUAACAAGUGCUACUCCUGUGGGGAAAUGGGGCAUAUAGCCCGUGAAUGUGAGUCCAAAGCUUAGUAAAGGCAUCUCUCUAUCUCUUGGAAGAUGAAUCUGUAAAAGUAAUGUCUGGAAAGCUGCAGCUUCUGUGGCAUCCUUCCUUAAUGUCGAUGAGUGGAAUGCCAUAAUGCAGCAUAAAAGUGUUUGAUGCCGGUGAGUUGUGUGAUUCUUCAUACUAUAUUGUUGCUGCUUUUAUUAAUUAUUGUUGGAUGAAGUCUCAUGUCUUGUGAGAGGUUUGUUUGUAGUCAGGAAUUGAUAUGUCACUUACUUGCUGGCUGAGAAUUCUAUUUAAAGUUGCAAUGCAACAGUCAUAUUAUUUAUGCUCAUGCGUAAGGUUUUUAAUUUCAGUCAUGCAGUGUUUUCAUGGAUAUGAUUUGCCAUGUGUAUUUCCUGUGUGAAUGUAUAUUGCACAGUUCAUCUAUGCUUGCAAGAUUUUUAGAGCAUUGUUGACCCACUGAAAUAUUUUAAGAGACCAUUUUGUCUGGAUUUGUGAUUACUGGUUGUGUAAAACACGGUAGAGUGUAAACUUCCUGCAACAGUUGUUAUACUCUUUGAAUAUUGUAUUGAUUCCCUUAAAAAUGAUUGUUAUAUAUAUAUUGAAUGUUAUAAGGAAAGAAUUAUUAGUAUUCAUGAAUUCAUUAUUAGGCAUUAUAGCACUCUAUUUCCUUAAAUGUAAACUAAUAGUAGGCUUCCCAUUUUUUUGGACAUUAUUUUUAAACGAUUUGUGUAUUUCUCUGACACUUUCAUUUUAAAUUUAAAUAUAUAUAAAUACUGAAAAGUGGCAAAUUUGCCUGUAUUGAAUUAUUAACAGAAGAUUUUAUUACUCACAAAUAAUUCAUGUAUAUUGGAAAAGACUUCUUAUAGAAGAUAAAUAAGGGCAAAAUAAUUUUAUUAAACAAAAAAGUUGAUUGUUCAGAUAUCUUUGAAUUGAAAAUUAUAUAAUGUGAAAGUAAUAUAAUUAUGUGAAAGUAAUAUAGAUAUUUAUAUUCACAGAUGAAAAUCUUUGGGUUUGGUUUUAUAAAAUAUAGACUUGUCAGAAGUUAUGUUUUUGAAUAAUUUUUUUUCUGAUGUUCAUUAUUGACGCGUUGCUUUAUGAAGCUGCAGAUUUUUUAGUUGUAUUUUGAAAAAUCCAUAUAUUAAUUUCUAAGAGAGUAAAAUUAAAUGUUAGAAGUUUCCAAAUUUCUGUUAUUAUUAUUGCAUUAUGUGAAUAUGCUAUUAGCAAGUACAUCAUAUAGUUUAUUUAGUAAGAAAUUUAAAAUAUUAUAGAAACAAGGGAUAAUAGUUUUGAAAUGAGGCAGAAAAGCAACCUUGCAUUGGUGUAGAUUUUGAAUGAAGCUGUUAUUAAUUUCAGGAUUAUUAGACAAUUAGACAUAAGUUUCUCUUCUUCAGAAAAAAAAAAAAAAGGGGGGGGGGUAAUAAUAUUAUGAAGAUAAUUUUUAAAAGUGCGGAUCAAAUUCAUACAUCUUAAAUAAUAUGUUUUGAAGAAAUGAAAUACAGACAUAGCACAGGAUGGUGCAAGUUUGAUUCUGGGAUCUUCAGUGUGGUAAAAUGAGUAACAAUAGCAAAGAUAAGAACGUUUUUUAAAAGUGUCAUAUUUAGUGAAAUAAGAAGUUAGAGAAUUAUUUUGUUAUAUAUUGAUUUGAAUAACUAAAAAAACAAAAUAAUUCACCUGAAACUUUCUUUUGUAAAAUGUUUCUAAGCUUAGCAUGAGACUUUUUAAGCAUUCUUUGCUUCCUAGCUUGAAUUUCAGAUUUUGAAAAAGAAAUUUCAGUAGACUUAUUAUUUUUCAAGCAUUUUUAUCAAGUGAAUGCUAAAAAUUUAAGCUCUUUUGGAAAAUCAUGUUUAUUUCCUCAAAUGGGUUCACCUUCUGUUAGAAUUUUUGUUGUUAUGUUCAGAAAUCCCUCUUUUAGUAAUAAAGUUACUCAUGAGGCAAAUCUUUGAAGUUAAGACAGUUUAAAAAGACAUUACUAAUUUUAGACUGAGGACAAAGAAAGAUCAAAGAGGGGAGUAAUAUUUAAGAUAAUAGAUUAGGUGUUGUGGUCAUCUAUGCUUAAUCAGGAUCAUCAUUUGCUUUCAAAUUGCUGAAAAUAUUGACAUUAGCUUUGAGUAAAUCGCACAUCAAGUCUUAAAACUAUGAUAAAUAAAAUGGUUAAAAAUGCAUGAAAUUUUGGUUGCAACUGUGAAAUUUAUAAUGCACCUUAGUAAGUAGUUCUGGAGUUUCCUAAUUAUUACAUAAAAUAUAGUAACUGAGAACAGGAUUUCAUUCUAUAUGGAAUUGGCAGAAAUAAUGAAAUAUUGAGAAAAGUCUGUAUUUUUUAGCAAUAGUCAAAAUUAAAUAAUCGUUUGAAUAUAUAAAUAUUAAAUCCAUAAUACUCGUUCAAAAUCCGAGGCCUUUUUUUAGUUAUCAGCUGGAUUAAUUUAUAUGUAAUAAAAUUGAAAAGUUUGAAAUUACCACAAUUGGGUACAAGUACAAAAAUGAUAAAUUGUUUGAAAGGUGCUGCUGAUCAACUUCAACUGAUUAUUACAGAGUUGCUUCAUAUUCAGAUUCAUAGGCAGAAUCAGUAUCUGUAUAGCAUAAUAAAAUGAGUUUGUAUAGAUUUUUAGCAUUCAAGCAAUAUAUGUAAUAAUAAUGUCUUUAUAUGUAGUAUGUUUGAAAAAGAUGGCCACGAGCUGUAUCUCCUUAUGCUAGAUAUUUGCUAGAUAAUUACAGAAUGUUUCAAGAUUAGGAAAUUUUAUGAAUACAGUUUUUUAGGAUGGGAUGGUUCUUCAUACUUUUUAUAUAGUACCAGCAAAGUAUAAAUUCCAAUUAGUAAAAUAUUUAUAAUACUUUUGUAGGUCAAACGCAAAAAAUUCUGCAACAUUAAUGGAGGUAUUAGGUGAAAAAAAAAAUAAUAAUACUUUUUCCAAUGCGUACUGUUAAAUGGUUUGUCAAAUUUUCACUGGAUUCAUUGGGGAAUUAUAAAAUAAAUAUAAUUUAACUGUUAAUAAUUCCGUAUUGAAUAAAACAGCACUAAUUAUUUAUUUAACACUUAACCUUUAAAAUUGUUAAUUCCAAGUAUGUCUACAAAUUUAGAACAUAAAGAUGUGAAACUUUUUAUAUUUAUCUUAUCAAAACAUAAUGGAUAUUUUGUUAAUUGAACUUUUCCUUUUAUGGGAAUCAUAUAAAAAUUAUAUUUUUUAUUUAGAGAACUUUCCUAUCUUCUAAGGCUAAAAUAAUUUUCGUAAAAUUCUUUACCUUACUUUGGAAAAAUUUUGUUGUUGGAAACAUAUAUCUGGAGUCAGUAUUUAAAGGUAUAAACUACUCUGUUUUACCAUCAUACAUAAUUAUGUGUAUUUUAAUUUUUGAAUCAAGCUGUGCCUACUACUCAAUUACUUUCUCUUAUCUGAAUGUAAUUAAAAGAUAUAAGUAGUACAUAAGUAGCAAGUUUUUCAACUAAAAUGAUAUAGAAUUUUUCUUGUAAUGUACUGCCUAAAGUAAAUUUUCAUUACUUUUUAACUUAAGUUGGUUUUAAAUCUUGUUAAUGCAGUUUGAUUAUAACAGCAAGAAAAAGCAGACAUCAGUAUUUUAUUAUCCCAACUGUUAUUUAAUUUGUUAGGUUUUCUGGAUACCAGUAUUUACAUAGUGUAUAAAUUUAUAUUUUAGUGUAAACUAAUUGAAUUAUGGUUUUGUGUGUAACGUUUAAAUUGAAAUAAAAUUGAAAUUAGCAUUUUAAUUCAUAUUAGAAACAAUAACUAAUAUGUUAAAUGUGUGAUAUUUUGGUGUUGAAAUGCAAAAACAGAUUUUAUCGAUUGUCAUUUAGCAUCAGUAUAUUACUGAUAUGUCAUAAAGAAACAAAAUUAGGCUGUGUUUGAUUUGCAUUUAAAAGGAUAAUUUUCCUUUAAUAUCCUUUGCUUAAGGGAUCGUUGAGUAGAUUUUUAAUCUGCAAUUUUUGUAUGCACAUCAUUGCGGGUCGAACAAUCCCUUUUUGAGUUACGAAUUAUGAAUUUCAACAUUUAAGUAAAGAAAAAGUUUAGUAUUCUAGCACUUUUCUUUUUCAAGCAUAUUAAAGAACUCUAUUUGCAUUGUGUUUAGUUUUUUUGUGUUGUGUUGAGAAUUAAAAUUACUGUAAAAUUAAUUUUUUUAAAAUUGAAAAUUAAAAAUAAAUAUAUAUGAUUCAUCUUUUUGAACAUUCUAGUCACAACAUUUUACAUAAUGAAUACAUAUAAGCGAGGAAAAACUUCGUUUUAAGAAAAUACUGUGCAUGUGUGUAAUAUUUUUAUACAUGUAAAUGUUUUUCAUGAUCUAUUUAAAAGUUUUCUUAUUUUAUAAACUUAAACUGUUUUAAACACUUGAGCCUAUUUAUAUUAGCGAAAUGUUAAUGAAUUUCUUCCAACAAUAUGAAAUUUUAUAUGAUCUUGCCCAUGAGGAAUUAUGUUAGGUGCAGUAUUACUUUCUAGAAAUGUUGUGAAAAUCUGUAAAAUUCAUUGUCUUUUUUUUUUUAUUAUAAAAUUUUGGUACUUACGUAUUAACGCAAUCAGGCCAAAAUUCGCAUAAAUUGCGAAAUUUGGCGACCCUACUUACGGCAACCUUACGUGUUAUACGUA